AUGUACCAAGCUCGUCUUGAAACACAUCACCAGAGCCCCCCUGCACAUAUGGGGCAACCCGCGGCUCCAGUAAAGUCUCCAGCAAUGGCGUCUCUACCUCUCGUCGACCUUACUGCUGGACCGCAUUCUCUUCCGCAGCUCAGUGCUUGCGAUUCGGUGGCAGAUGUACGCACCUUGGAAUCACCGUUGUUUCUAGACCUUUCACAGUGCGGGAUGUCGCUCCCGUUCCAAAACUAUACCCGUGUGCACUUAAAGUUCCCAUCGACUUUACUGCGGCGUCCCAAGUUCCAAUUCUCUCAGCUAGUUCAGACUUUGGAUCACAAUACCCGAGACUUAUUGACGUCUGCAGUUACCUCGCAUUCUGUCUUUGUAUUCUACGAUGAAGGAAGUACCUUGCAAAGCUGCUCUUCUCAUACGUCUAAUAUUUUGACCAAAAUCAUUCCCUAUUUAAUACAAUUGAAAAGCCAACAACACAACAACACCAAGUUUCUGUUUUUGCAAGGUGGAAAAACCAAAUUGCAGGAAAAGUUGCCAUUACAUCAACCGGUACCAUUCCCACGUCCACCACAUUUGAAAAAUUCUAGAUCUGCCCCCAAUGUCAACAAGCCAGCUACCAAGAAUGGCCUCAAUAAGCAUAACAUGAACCUGAAAAUUACAAUUCCAUCUCGAAAUACUCGCGCGGAUAACUCAGAUUAUAUGUUUAUACAAUCUUUCAAAAAAGACUCUAUUCACUAUUCUCCAGACAGUCUCCAAAAAUAUUUCAAUUUCCAUAUGCCUCCCAAAAUUGAACCGGAAGAUGAGAUUCUACCCGCCUGGCUGAAAAACUAUUCAAAAGACGGUAGCAAGAAUCUACUACGUAUACUGAAUGCGUUUGAAUGUUUGGAAAAGUUAGAGGUCCAAAGGCUUGAACGCUGCUUGCAAUCGUCAAAGGAGGAAUUACAGAAAGAGGACAAAUCCAACACCCAGAUAGAUGUUCAGACGGCUUCAGAUGAAAAAGCGGGGCCUACACAGAAAACAAGACUACGAAAGCCUUAUUCUUUCCGUAAGAUGCAGAAACAAUUCAAGCCAGAUAGGCAUGACUACGACUCUGAUAACGAUGGCUAUCAUCAAGCAGAAGAACUCAAACUUAAGAUGGAUAUACAUGAGGAACUGCAUGGCGGUGAAAACCAAGAGUUGAUUUCUAAACUAAUAAAGCUUCAAGGCAAUGAUAACCUGAGCACUCGUGAAGCUAACCGUAUCAACAACUCGAAGAACAACCACACCGAAGUACAAGAUGAAGACGAAGACGAAGUUGUGGAGACUCCAAUGGAUGACUAUUUACUUACCCGUGGAAUACAAUCAUACACCAAAAAUAGAUAUUCGAACAUUCUCCCUUAUGAACACUCUCGGGUCAAGCUGGAGCCUUCGCCGGUGUGGUCCGACAAUAAGCACGGCCCUCUUUCAUGCACCGUUACUCCUGGUUCUAAUUCACCUCUUUCAAAUAAGGCCAUUAGAAAAAGACGAAACUCGUACUUCUCUCAAGAUUGUUCGAGCCGUGAGAGAUCUUCCGAGCACUCAAGCGACCAAAAGCCAGAAACAGUUAGAUCAUCUCUACGGCCUCCUCUCACCUCUCAUGACUCGAUGCGUACCACAUUAACGCCAAAUACCGCCUCAGAUAAUGACACGUUCAAUGACUAUUUCAAUGCAAACUAUUUGAAGAUGCCUCAAAUCAAUCCCGAUUUUAGUUAUAUUGCCACACAGGCGCCACUUCCUUCUACUCUAGAUGAUUUUUGGAAAGUGGUCGUCGCUAAUGGCGUCAAAGUCAUUCUGUCCUUAAAUUCUGAUGACGAGUUGAGCAUGCGUAAGUGGGAUAUUUACUGGAACUCAACUUCCUUAAAAAAAUUUGACGUAAGUGUCAGCGAUAACUUUGAGAAUGUGGGAGGUGUAAAAGGCUGUAUCUUAAGAGUUUUCAAAGUUAGGCGUAAAGUUACAAAGGAACAUAAUAAACCAGGUGAAGCCAAAGUGUCGAAUAACGUCAAGAUCGUGGAAACUGAAGCAAACGGCACCAUUGCGAAAAAGACAAAGGCAGAGAUCAUGGAGGGAGAAUUGCCUACUUGUAAAAACGGAAGCGAAAUUGAAACAGCUGUCCAUACCAUUUGUCAAUUACAAUACACCAAGUGGCUUGACUCUUGCGGAAUAAACAUGAGUGAUGUUCUAAAAUUGCAUCGCAUCAAGAAUUUACUGCUCAACAACGCGGCUUUCUUCAUCGAGAGUAUAAGGCACGGCAAGGUUUAUGAAGAUAUUAUGAAUGCUAAAGAUUCAUCUCCGAAGGAUACUUACACAAGCGAUCUCACAAAAGCGCCAGAAAAAUCGCCUUUGCUUGUACAUUGUUCCGCAGGAUGUGGUCGCACAGGAGUGUUCAUUACAUUGGACUUCCUCAUCAAUGUAUUCGAACGUCCAACCGAUAAUGCGAAUCGUAUAGAUGUGUGGAAUAUGCCCCAGGACUUGAUAUUUAUUGUUGUCAAUGAGUUGAGAAAGCAGAGAAUUUCUAUGGUUCAAAAUCUGACGCAGUACAUUACGUGCUACGAAGCUAUUUUGAAAUACUUUGAAUUACGCAAGAUUACUGGGAACUGUGAUCGUGUGCACUAA